AUGAAAGAAGAAAUAGACCCAGAAAUCCAGUUGAAUGAAUCAGAGGAAGAAGUGAUUAAAAUUACAAGAAAAUUGAAGGAAUUUCUUCUGAAAGGCUUAGAAACAGGCCACCUAAAAGAUUCAACUCAGAAAUUCUUUUGGGAUGUGAGGGAAGAUCUGUUGAAAUUGAGGAGAAGAAUCAUUGAUCCAAAGGAUUUUAGAAUUGAGGAUUAUACUAUACGAGGCAUUGAUCCAUCACUAUUUCAUAUUUUUGAUUUCCUUGAGAGCCGGAUGAAUGUUAGAGAUAAUGAGGUCUUAAAAAGAGCUGCUGAAGAAGAAAGAAGAAAAUUUUAUUGGAAGAGGUUGCGGUUAAAUCUGAUUGCUUAUGGAAUAACAAGAAUCCACUUUCAAAAAGACAAAGCAUGGAAUCAAAAGAUCAGGGGGAACCAAGCAUACAGAGAGCUCAUAGAUAUGCUUGAUGCUGAAGUGAAGAAUUUCAAAAAUAUCCCCAAACUCAUCAAUCAAAAGUUUUAUAAAAGGGAAUCUGAGGUUCAUGGAAAAGUAAAAGAGCUUAGUGGGAGGAUUCCCUUUGGAAGUGAAAUCCCACAAUUAAAGUUCAUGAAGUUUGUGCAUCAGCAAACAAACCUCGUUCAAGACCAGUGGCAGCAAAGAUUUGGCUGGAAUGUGAACUGCCCUAAUCACAUGGAUUGGUCCUCAUUCAGUCUUUGGAAGAAUUAA